AUGUCUGAAGAUAGGAAAGAAGAGUUUCUUAAAAUAAAGAGUGAAAGGAGAAGGGACCGGAUCAUGCAAAUAGAUGUACAUAAGAAAGAUGAGUUACUUGAAAUUAAGCGUGAGAGGGAAAGGGACAGGUACGCGCAAAUUACUUUAGAUAAGAAAGAUGAGUUGCUUGACAUGAAGUGGGAAUCUUGUAAGCAAAAAAAGGAUGAUUGUUCAAUGUUUAAAGCAGUACUUACAUGUUUCAUUUGUUCAUUGGACGGCCCCAACAUAUACAUCUCAGGUGGUGGAUCCAAGACAUCCACUACACAGCCAGCGCUCAUAGAUCCUAAAGAACGUAAGAGGCGGAGAGAAAGGGAGCGAUACGCGCAAAUGUCUGCAGAAAAAAAAGAAGAAUUACUCAGAAAGAAUCGCGAGCGACGUAAGAAUAAGAAAGAUGGCUCAACAAUUCUCACUGCAGAUUGCCGUGAAACAUCGAAUCCUAUCUCGACAACACCUGGCAUUGCAAGUGUAUGUGGGCAAUCUUGCACCGCAUGGAACAAGGAAAAUGUUGCUCCUGGCGAUGAUACUUUUACAGCUGGUAGUGGCAUUGAAAGUUUCACGAGCAGUGACCAUCGGGGUUCUGGUCUUGAGUCAGACCGUAAACGUCAAAAGGGUCGACAAUGGUACGCGAAAUUGUCAGACGAGCGUAGAGCGGAAUACUUACACAGCCUGCGUAUUAGCCGCCAACAUAAAAACUCUGGUGCACUCGUGGAAAAUGAUCAAGAAGUGGAAUCAAAUACUACUCACAUCACAAUUGGAACGCUUGAUCCAUUGAAUCAUGCUGAUAUUCGACCAGAUCCUGAUAACGAACUAUGUGAUUCGCUUAUUUUUGAACCACUGGAACUACAUUCGUCAGAUGAAGAGAAACUCGAGGCAGUCCAAGAUGUUCCCGAUGAUUUCGAUGAUGAAGAAUGGAGGUUAUAUCGUGGACAAGAUGUUGUUUUUGAAUCAUACGUGGUGGGAGGUCCUGAUAGUGUGGGUAUGCAAGGUUAUGAUCCGUAUGACCGCAUCUACCAAAAUCUUCCAAAGAAGCAUCAUGUUUUAAGGGAAGCCAAAAACUGCCCGUAUUGUGGAGCCAAACGGUUCCAAUAUGAGGGACUUGCUUUUUGUUGUAGGAAAGGGAAGGUUAAAAUCUUCAUUCCAGAUGUACCGGAUGAGUUGCGACGAUUGUAUACGAGCCUUGAUGAUGACGAUGCAAAAUACUUCAGACAACACAUACGAUAUUUCAAUUCUCAUUUCUCCUUUACAAGUCUUGGUGUUACACUUGAUCGUCGAGUCAGCACUGCUGCAGGAACUGGUAUAUAUACAUUCCGUGCACAUGGUCAGCUAUAUCACCGUUUGGACCAGCUGGUACCUGGUGGGAAGGGUCCACGACACCUGCAGCUAUACUUCUAUGAUACUGAUGAGACAAUGGAACACAGAGCUAAGAGGUCUCCUGGUCUUGAUAUCAAUUUGAUCCGGAAGAUUCGGAGGAUACUAGAGCACAACCCCUAUGUGCAGACCUUUCAGAAUGUUGGUUCUGCUCCUAACCUCCAUGAUUAUAGGAUUGAGCUGAACACGGAUAUUGCAUUGGACCAGCGAAGGUACAAUGCCCCCACAGCUUCACAAGUUGCUGCUAUCUGGAUGGAAGGGAAUGAUCCACAAAAAUGUUUCGAUAGAAGUGUUAUAGUGUAUGGAAAAGCCGACAAACCUCGGUAUAUUCGGGCAUACCAUGGGUGCUACGAUCCGUUGGCCUAUCCUUUGUUUUUCCCUGGUGGAGAAACAGGAUGGCAACGUAAGAUGCUUUAUGAAGGCCCUGACCCAGUAGAUUGGCCAAACAAUUAUGAUAACAAUGAUGAUGACAACAGUGACGAGGAAGAUGGUUGUAGCGAGUCCAGCAAACAUGUCAGUGCUAGGGAAUAUUAUUGUUUCAAGUUGCAGAUCAGGCUUGGAGAAUUUAACAUACUGUUACAUGGGCGCCGUCUUUUCCAACAGUGGGUUGUUGACAUAUACAUAAAGAUAGAGUCUAUGAGGCUCGAUUGGUAUUCGAAACCAGAGAAUCAAGCUCUCAUACGUGCAGAUUUGUACCAGGGCAUUAUAGAUACAAUUGCUGCUGGUGAAGUGCGUGCUUCUGAGGUUGGUCUAAGAAUUGUGCUCCCGCGGACUUUUCCUGGAGGAGAUCGAGACGUGCAAGCACGAUUCCUUGACGCAAUGGUUUUAGUGACCCGGUUUGGUAAGCCUGAUUACUUUGUCACAAUGACCUGUAAUCCACAUUGGGAGGAGAUAACAAGGCAACUAUUACCGGGCCAGACACCACAAGAUAGACCAGAAUUGGUUGCGAGAGUAUACCGGGCUAAGCUGCGUGAUUUACACGAUUUUUUGAUCAAGAAGAGUCACUUGGGUGAGGUUGCAUCAUAUGCACAUGUUACAGAGUUUCAGAAGAGAGGUUUGCCACAUGAGCACUUCUUAUUGAUUAUGGCCCCUAACAGUAAGUUAAGCAGUCCUGAUGAUUACGACAAGGUUAUUUCAGCAGAGAUUCCUGAUCCUGUCAAAUACCCUGUAUUGCAUGCUCUGCAAGGAAAAGACUCUUAUCCUAUAUAUAGGAGAAGGGAAGAUGGCCGUCGAGUGGCGACCAGGGGUGCUGUAUUGGAUAAUAGAUGGGUGGUUCCGUACAACCCCACACUGCUUAUGCGGUAUAACUGCCAUAUUAAUGUCGAAGUUUGCUCAAGCAUCAAGGCAGUUAAGUACCUAUACAAAUAUGUCUAUAAAGGUCAUGACCGUGCAUCCUUCUCAGUCGAUCCACCAGAUCAAAAUGGUACAGUAAUCAACGAGAUUCGACAAUACAGGGAUGCAAGGUUCAUAACUCCCCCCGAGGCCGUGUAUCGGAUAUUUGGUUUCCCUUUGUAUGCCGUAUCUCCUUCUGUUUUGCAACUUCAACUGCAUCUGCCAAACAUGCAACUUGUGUCAUACAGAGCUACUGAUAACCUGAAUGAUGUGGUCAACCGGGAGAAAUCUAAGAGGUCGAUGCUUACUGAGUAUUUCAAGAUGAACCUGGUGGAUAGCAAGGCACGUAAAUUGUUAUACAAAGAGUUCCCGGAGCACUUCCGGUGGAUCAAGUCCGACAAGCGCUGGCAGGCAAGGGUAAAGAGGCCGCAGGUUGGGAGAAUUGUGUAUGCAAACCCUGCUGAAGGGGAGAGGUACUAUUUACGUGUGCUCCUCAACCAUGUGAGAGGGACAACUUCAUACGAGAACCUUCGUACUGUACAUGGGAAAACCUGUUCCACCUUCAGAGAAGCGUGCGAGAUGAUAGGGCUCGUAGAGACUGAUAGAUCCCUCGAUGAAUGCUUGGCUGAGUCUACUACAUUCCACAUGCCUUGUGCACUGAGAAGGUUGUUUGCGACAAUUAUUGUAUUCUGUGAGGCGACAAAUAUCCGUGGCUUAUGGGAAAAUCAUUUUGAAGCAAUGUCCCAAGAUUAUCGUCGUACACAUAAUGAUGCAGCAAUGGUUGAGCAACUGGUGCUUAGGGAUAUUAGAAACGUGGUUCAUUCAAUGGGCAAGGAUGUAAGGAAUUAUGGUCUUCCGGAGGUUGACGACUCAGGUGAUGUCCUUGCGUAG